AUGGCUUUCCAGAUGGGUGUCUGGAGGCGAAAAGAGCCAACGCCUGACUCUGCUCCCCUCCCAGGACUUGCAGCGGUUGGGUGUGAAGGACGAUCAGGAGUAUAUAUCCUGUACCGAUCAGCUCCCAUGGUAGUCCAACAUCUCAUCAUGUACGCUCUGGUCUGUCUGUCCGCCCUCGUGGCUGUCGCUGCUGCCGGCAUUGUGGCCCCCGUCGUCCCAGUCGUCCACGCGCCCCUGGCUCACAGCUCCGUCUCUGUGGUCAGAUCUGCCGUGGUCCACCCUGCUCCAGUCGUGCCUGUAGUCAGGGCCCCCCUUAUCCACCAUGCUCCCGUGGUGCCUGUGGUCAGAGCCGCUCCUCUCGUCCACGCCGCUCCCGUCGUCCACGCCGCUCCUCUUCUUCAUGCUCCCGUCGUGCAUCAUGGUCCAGUUCUUGUACAUUAAGACUGAAACAUAAAAAUAAAUUCAAUAUUUUUACAUAAAA